AUUUCUGCGGUUCAACAAGGCCCCGCACACCAGCACAGCCCACACCAUCCUGCUGAGCAGAGACCAAUAACUGUUACAAACAGCACCAGGAGCCUGGUGACAGCAGCGGGUCUCAGGGCUCGGGAAGUGUUUGCAGUCUCCGGUGACUGCCACCAUGCAGCAAAAAGGAAGGUGUUUCUCUGCUGGGUCGUGGGCAGGCUUCCCUUCCCUGUGCAGCCCUGGCAGCUCAGAUCAAUGCUCAGUGAUGUGCCCAAGCUCCUCUUUGCAUAGAGCAGUGCUGGGGAGAGGAACCACCAUGGCCAGCUGUGUAAUGGUAUCGAGGCACAGCAGUGACCAUCGGCUAAGCAGUAGGAGGGACACAUGGAUGUUGACCUGGACUUUUGUUUAUGUCCCGUGUGUCACUCUUGUUCCUACCUGCAAGCUUGGGUGCACCUGGGCUUAGGCAUGUGAGCAUCGUGCCCAUGGGUGGCACAGGAGCCCUAGGCUUGGCUGGCAGCGGGGAUACCCCAACAUAUCACUCACCAUUCUGGGCUGAGGGGUCAUCAGCACAAUGGGGUUGGGCAGGAUAGGGUGAGAAGGGAAAGAAAAAUAGAGCCUGGAGUCCACUGGGGAUGUGAAGCAGCUCUAACCGUUAGCACUAUUUCAGUGAGCUGGAGGUGGGAGGGUACUGGCCAACCCACAGAAACGAGCAAGGGGAUUGCAGAAAGGAAAUGAAUACGUGGCUGUUGCCUCAAGAGAAGCUGCGAGCCCUGGGGGAGCCUGUGGAAGAGCAGUGCCCUGGGACAGGAGCAGAGCAGCCCUGCGGUGGCUGUGGUGCAUGCAGAGCAGCAUGAAGCACAUACACCUGGACACAGUCCUACUGUUCCUGCUGCUUUCUGAUGUCGCGGGAGGCCAGGACAGCUGUGACGCACUGCAGCGGGGGGACAGGAUCAAAGAAUGCUGCAACACCACGGUGGAGCCAGAGGAGCGGAACGAGGCCCCCAGCCUGCCCCUGGACCUGCCCCGCCACUGCGCAGAGCUGCGCCGCUCCACCCGCCCUGCCUGCCGCUGCCUGCAGGCACGCUGGCUCAGGAUGGUGCAGAUGGCAGGGCCGGCACUGCAUGGCACAGACAGGCUGCAGGCACUGCACCUGAAUGUCAGCAGAGGGCUGGCCCACGACCUCCUCUUCUCCUUCUCCCCAGCUCAGGGCCCCAUGACAAUCAGCUCUAUGGAGGAGGGGAAAGCAGGCAAAAUCCGUCUCCCUCGGGAGGUUUUCCAGUCCCUGAGCAGCCAGGCAGCACAUGUGGUGGUGACAGUCCUCAACAUCCAGCAACUUGGCAUGUUCGAGGAGGACAACCAGACGGGGCAGGUCUUGGAUGACUCUGUGGUGGGCAUCAUGGUGGAGGAUAUGGACAUCUCUGGGCUGCAGGACCCUGUGCAUCUCACCUUCGCCCACCAGCAGCUGCCCCCAAAUGUCACCCCACUGUGUGUCUUCUGGGAGCCCAACAAAGGGCAGGCAGGUGGCUGGAGCACCAGAGGAUGUGUCACACUGCCUGGGGACAAGGAGACAGUCUGUUCUUGCAACCAUCUCACCUUCUUCACCCUCCUCCUGAAUCCGGCUCUGAACAGGUCCAUGGCACAGACGUUGGUGGCUGUGGCCAAUACUGGCUGUGGGGUGGCUGUGGCUUUCUCCAUCUUCACCAUUGCCUUCUAUAUUUUCUUAAGGUGCAGCUACAAGCAAUUCAGUUCUGAGGAGACCCUCCGCACCAACCUGGGUCUUCACAUGAACCUGGUCAGCAGCCUGCUCCUGCUCAACCUGGCUUUCCUGCUCAACAGUGCGGUCUCCAGCAGGGCCAUGCCAGGGCUGUGCAGUGCCCUGGGGGGGCUCACUCACUACUGCCUUCUCUGCUGCUUCACCUGGACUGCACUGGAAGGCUCUCAUCUCUACCUUCUCUUCAUCAAGGUCCUUGGCACCUACAUACACCACUACCUGGCAAAGCUGUGCCUCAUCGGAUGGGGCUUCCCUGCUCUGGUGGUGGUUGUGGCAGGAGCCAUUGGCAGCUAUGGAGAAUACAGCAUUCGGACAACGGACCACCAGACUGUAGUCAACCUGUGCUGGAUCAAUUCCGAACACCUCCUUGUCCACUACAUCACGAACUGUGGCUAUUUCAGCGUUGUCUUCCUCUUCAACACAGCCAUCUUCGGGGUGGUAGCCUGGAAGAACUGCCACCUGUGGAGCACCGGAAUGGUGCAGGCACAGUGCAAAGCCUGGAGAGUGGCCCUGGCGGCUGUGGGGCUUUUCUGCCUGCUGGGAGCCACCUGGGCGCUGGCAUUCCUCAGCUAUGGCAGCUCCUCAGUGCCUAUGCUCUACCUCUCUGCCAUCCUGAACUCCCUCCAAGGCCUCUUCAUCUUCAUCUGGCUGGUUGUCCUCUACUACCCAAAGAUGGAGGAGACCACAAACUCCCUCUCCCACAUCAUGAGGAACGACAGAACCGUGGCUGUGUCACAGGGAUAGCUGAUGGCUGGACUUCCUGACAGUGAGCACACUUGCUGCCCGCAAGCUUCCAGCCUGAAGGACACAGCUUCCUGUGGAGGACAAGCACCCCAGCAGACCAGGGUGGUCCUGGCCCUCACCCAUACCUCAGUCUAUCCUUCAUCAGGUUUGAUCCACCCUAGCAGGACUUUUUGCUUUGGCUGUCCUUUAGCUCCUGGGGGCCUGCCUUGGGCAGCACACAGCACCUUGGUGCAAGGAAUCCCGACACUGCCCUUCUGCCAGGCUUCCUGGCCUCAGAAGUGCUCUGAUCUUGUUCCCCAGGGACUCUUGCUGUAGCCCAUGAGCUGGCUACCUUCAUCCUGGAUGGGGCCAUGCUGAUCUUUGCCCGUAAUUCCCAGCAGAAGACGGGCUUGGGCACUGGACCAGCCCAGGGGUGGGUUUUCCUGCUGUACCCAGACUCUGCAGACCCUGUGAGCAUCGGGUCCGGGAAUCAGCAAAAGGGGUUAAUCUGCCAGGCAUCUAUACAAUACAGCCUCUGCAAAUGAACCUGGGAGAAUUAUUCAGGCAGUGGAUCUGCUGUGCUUGUCUCCUGCAGAACACUGCAGCUAGUAGAGAUUUCCAUGAGGACACCACACUUCAGCCCAUUGGGCACUAGGGUGCUGCAUUCCCCAUACCCUCAGCCAGCUGGGGCUGCUCCCCAAGCUGCGCUGUCCCCUCCAUGCUGUGUGUGCAUGUCAACACCUAACAUCUCAGAGAAAACAAUUAUCUUGUCCAAUCCACGUCUGUUUUAGCAUUAAAACUUUGCUGU